AUGCCUGACCUGUAUUAUAAUGAUACAAGUUAUUUCAUAGCAAGAUUCAAGAAUAAUGAAGAUCAAGAAAAGGUUAUGGAGCAGGGACCAUACUUCAUCUAUGGUAAGCCACUAUUUCUAAAGUAUUGGUCACCCGAUUUUGAAAUCAAAGAAGAUAUUCUAAGGGUUCUACCUUUGUGGAUUACAUUGCCCAAUCUUCCUAUGCACCUAUGGGGGAAGAAGAGUAUCUCAAAUAUAGCUAGCACCAUUGGCAAGCCUAUCACUACAGAUGAGUGUACUGCAAAGAAAUUGUGCAUAUCUUAUGCUAGAGUGUUGGUUGAAGUUGACAUAACACAGAAAUUAUAG